AUGGCGUCGAUAGUGAUGCUCCUUAGAGCAUUGAUGAGUUGCCGUCUUACGCCUAAAGACGAGCCGGAGACAGCGGAUGAUGCUUCUUCGUCGGCAGUGAAACUUUACAAAAAUGUCGCCGGAGACCAAAGCACGACGAGGAAGAGAAUUUCAGUGGACGUUGACACAUCGCGUUUCAUCGAUAAUCACGAGUUCACUAUCGAAACUACGUGUGGGAUCAAUGAUAUGGAUGAAAGGUUUUACUGGAUUAUUGUCAGGAAUCACUUAUUGAUGUGA